CCGUGUUAUUCGCUGGUUUCUUUGUAUUUGCCAGUGCUGUUUUGGUCGACAACAAAGGAGGGAUCGCUAAUGUAUUAUCAGCUGUUUCUGACAAGCGACUUUAGCCACUGGGGUUAGCCUUCAGUUGUUUUGUUUUGCGGUAGCCGUGCUCACUUCAGAGCCGCCGACAUUAGUUAAACCGAGGAGGUUUUCGAUGCUAAACGUAGCAUCGUGAUCUUUGCACUCCUCGUUACUCAGGGUCUACUCUGCGGGUCCACUCCAACUUGGCAUCAGCGUGAUUUCACUGAAUUCCUGCAUUAUCUGUUCAGCUGCGGAACACUACAGAGGAUGAAAAUUGUGACGCAGUUGUGUAAAACAUCGUUCGUUGCCUGCUGCAGCGGCGCCGCGGGGCUUUGCGGCACCUACUUAAGCUGCCGCAAAACCUAUGCGCCACCCUUGUGUGCCAGGAGCCUUGUAUAGCUAGAUUUAAAAAUGACAAAACCAUGUAAAACGCAUUCAAUCAGUUGAGGUAAAUGUUGCGGGGUAGAGGGGUCAGAAAGAAAUAGUUGUUUUGCCGAGGUUUGGGAGUUGUAGUUCAGUGUCGCGGGCACAGACGAGGUCUCAGAGGCCUCCAUGGCGGAAGUGGACUACAACGCCCAAGCGCCCUGCUCUCCAGAUACUUUGUAAACUCUGUGCAAGUUGCGCGUCUGCACUGCUAUUUUAGGUAUGCAGCUAGUGCUAUCUAUCCGACUGUGUGUUGCUUUGCCUGCUUCUGGCCUCUAGAAAUAUAUGAGCCACCUCGGUGUUUGAUGACAGCCCCUCCACGACUAUGCUUACAUGACAUUUGGCAACAAGAUUUUCAGCUGAAUUCCCACUUGAGUACACUGGCCAGCAUCCAUAAGAUCCACCACACGUUGCACAGGCUGAACCUGACAGAAGACGUUGGGCAGGAUAGCCACCCCCCAGCUUGUUGCUCCAGAGCCAUGCCUCCUAGGAAAAAGAGGAGACCCUCUUCUGGAGAUGACAUGUCAGCCAAGAAAAGUCGCCAGGACAGUGUUUUCAGAAAACAUGAAACUUCACAAAUUCGAGAGGAAGAGACGUUUUCUAGCAAAAGAUGCUUGGAGUGGUUCUAUGAAUAUGCAGGCUGUGACGAUGUGGUGGGUCCAGAAGGCAUGGAGAAGUUCUGUGAGGACAUCGGAGUGGAACCAGAGAAUGUGGUGAUGCUGGUUCUUGCUUGGAAGCUGGAUGCCCAGAGUAUGGGAUAUUUUACUCUCCAGGAGUGGCUGAGAGGCAUGGGCUCACUGCAGUGUGACUCUACAGAGAGGCUGAGGAACUCGCUCGAAUACCUGAGAUCUGUCCUAAACGACAGCACCAGUUUUAAGCUCAUUUAUAGAUAUGCUUUUGAUUUCGCUCGGGAAAAGGAUCAGAGGAGUUUGGACUUAAACACAGCAAAGUGUAUGCUGGGGCUUCUUCUGGGAAAGACGUGGCCUCUGUUUCCUGUGUUUAAUCAGUUUCUAGAGCAAUCGAAGUACAAAGUCAUCAACAAAGACCAGUGGUGCAAUGUUUUAGAGUUCAGCAGGACAAUCAACCUGGACCUCAGUAACUACGAUGAGGAUGGUGCCUGGCCGGUUUUGUUGGACGAGUUUGUGGAAUGGUACAAGGAAAGACAAAUGUCCUAGCCACAGAGCAAAAUGGAGAAAUUGAAAAAAUAUACAACUGUGACAACAACGACUUUGAGAAUCAACAACCAAUAAGUUAACAAUACAAAAAUGGUAAGGCUGUGACAGUGGGAGCUUCCUAGAAAAGGAGUGGUUCGGGCUGUGGGGUGGGACCGGGGUGGGGUUGAUGGGUUUGCAGCCUGGGUGCAUGCUGCCCAGACUGCGGAUGCGGGGGGCUGACAUUGUGGAAUUAUGUUUCCCACCUGAGAGUUGCGAAGUGGGCAAGCUUGCAGCGGUCCCCAGUGGCAUUGCUCUCUCUCACUGUGACAUGUCAUAUUGCUGUCUGUGUAAGGAUAACAUGGAAUCAUGCAUGGAUGAUGGAGGCAAAAUGGUAUUGUGUGGGAGGACCACUCCUCAACCCUUGUCUGCAGCACAGAGCAAUCAACACAAGUGACCAUUCAUGCAUUGUGUCUGAGUCUUAAACAGGGUCACUUUGACCCAGGCACAUUUAAAUAUUAUGUAUCUGUGCAAUGAACUUGAACUUAGGCUUUUCUUUCUGGAUGGAUGGCACUAACUAUUGUUUGUCAUAUUUUAAGUUGGAGUACUUUUUAAUAAGCACACUGUGUCAAAUGGUUGAUUGCAGGUUUCUUAUGCCUGUGCUGUUUACUGUUGAUUUGUGCUAGUGAUUUUUGUCCCCCCUCCGCUUUCUGUUCCCUUCUGCUGUUUUACUUUGGCUAACGCUAACAGGUUGCUAACCCCCCUGCAAAGGCCGCAGACCUCUUAACACCAAACAAAACAGCAUUGCUGCUUACUAACUCUUAUUAAAGUACAGCGGUGAGCCACUAGUGCUCUGAUCAGCAUUUAUUGGUCUGGUGACCAAUUUAUGUAUCUACGUUGUGUAGGUAAGAGUAUUAUUGUGCCUCAAACCUUGGAAGUAACUUUGUGUGUCCCACACAUGUACCAACAAACCCAAAUGUACAGUAUAUACACGUGUGAAGACACUUACAACACACACACACAUACGCACACACACAUGCUCACGUACACACACACAGACACACUUGAGUGGUCAGGGAUAUUUCAGGAUUAAUUAAGACUGUUUGGACUGUGUUAUCAGUUGACAUAGAAAUAGUUGGUGUCCAUUUUGUCUUUGUGAUAUUUGUUUUGUCUUCCUUAGUCCAAUGAUAGUUUCAGGUCUCCUCUCUAGUAGGCAUCUCUCUACACUGACAGUGUUAAUGUAACUAAAGUGGAUGACCAGUGACCUUCUCAGGACGAGGUCCUUAAGGCUUGAGUAGUACUGUAGGUUUGCUGAAAGCAUUGCUUUGUACCACCCAUAGAAUCUAAUCAAAACAAUGGACACUGACAGUUUGGAGCUGUGUGAUUAUGCUAUCCUCUCCUUUCGCCUAGUAUAAUGUUCUUGUAACACAUGUAUACAUUUUCGUCAUUGGCUGUUGUGUGAUGCUGAAUCGUCUGAAGAUUUAAUAUUUGCAUGCAUGCUCCGACAGAGCCUUUUGUGAAUGGAUGAGAUUUUUUGAAAACAUUUUUCAAAUGCGUUUUUUUGUUUUGUACAGGAAUUUGUGCAAAUGUUUUGUGCUUGAUUUUGAUAUUCCCGACCAUGUUCUCCUAAUACUGAUGAACAACAUGAUCGCGUCUAUUAAGACCUGGAACACACCUGUAACCUCACGGUGGAACAGGAGUUCCCUCCUGCAUUUCCCCACCCAUCCUACACAUCCUUACAUAUGCUGCAGAGGUGGCUGCAGCCAGUUCAAAGGAUCUUAUUUUAUUUAUUAAAAGUUCAGCAAUUUUUGCACCACACUGUCACAAUUCACAUGAAGUAUAUAUGUGAAGAUGUACAUCAGCUCCCAUGUCAUUGAAAUCCCCUGCAGCUGAAACUAUAUGAAAGCCUUUAUUGUCAUGACAAUACAUCAAUCAUCAGCAUACGUCUAAGAUCAAGGUAGUUGUUACCAGAGUUUUCUCCCAUGACAAUGCAGGAAGAUGAACUGCCUUGUCCCAACUGUAUAUAUGUAUGUAAACUAUGUAAGUGUCUAUAUGUCUGUUUUCACUAUAACCUAUCUCUAUAUACAUAAAUAAAAUGGUUUAUUAACUUA